CGCUGUCCUGGGUGCGCCUCGGGCCGCUGCGCUCCUGGCCAGCUCCCCCCAGCGCCUGGGAGGCGACCCCCGGUGUGCCCGGGUUCAAAGGCUCCGCAAGGCAGCUCCAGCCCCUCUGGGGGGCGGGGAGGCGACGAGGGUGCUGCAGGAGGCAGAAAAGCCCGAGCCCACAGCCGGCCAGCUCCGCGCAGGGAUGGGCAGCUCGCUUUGAAAGUUUGUGACCGCGGCAGCCAACUCCUGGCGGGAGCUGGAGACGCAGCGAGUGAGCGGCCAGCCUCGAACCCCCGCCGCUGGAGGGCGAGGCCAGCUGUGCCUGGCCCCAGUGCCCUUUCGCGGCCAGAAGCGGCCGUCCUUCUGGCACGGUGCUCCGGCGCCUGAUCUGGGUUCAUGGAGCCGGGGCUGUGGCUCCUUUUCGGGCUCACCGUGACCUCCGCCGCAGGAUUGGUGCCCUGCUCCCAGUCUGGGGAUGCUGGCAGGCGCGGAGUGUCCCAGGCCCCCACUGCAGCCAGAUCUGAGGGGGACUGUGAGGAGACUGGGGCUGGCCCUGUCGAGGGGACUGUGGCCCCCACAGCUCUGCAGGGUCCAAGUCCUGGAAGCCCUGGGCAGGAGCAGGCUGCCAAGGGGACCCCUGAGCACCACCGAUCCAGGCGCUGCACGUGCUUCACCUACAAGGACAAGGAGUGUGUCUACUAUUGCCAUUUGGACAUCAUUUGGAUCAACACACCCGAACGGACUGUGCCCUAUGGACUGUCCAACCACAGAGGACGCUUCCGGCGGGGCAAGAGGUCUGCGGGGCUGCCUCCGGGGAGCCUGCCGCUCUCACAGCGGCCGCACCUGCGCUGCGCUUGUGCGGGGAAAUACGACAAGGCCUGCCUGCAGUUUUGCACCCAAACUCUGGACGUCAGCAGUAAUUCAAGAACAGGAAAAACAGACAAAGAAGAGGAAGGGAAGGUUGAAGUCAAGGACAGACAAAGCAAGCAGGCUUUAGACCUCCACCAUCCAAAGCUCGUGCCCAGCAGUGGACUCGCCCUCGCUCUGCCUACCUGCCCCUGCUGCCUCUUUCAGCACGGAGCCCCUUAGGAGGACAGGCCUGCAGCAUCCUGGUCUCAGGAGGCUUCUCUCAUAGCUUGCACACAGUUCAGAUUCCCACCUCUUUGUGGACAAGAAGUGAAUUCGCCUGGGGCAGGAAACCCACCCAAAGAGUCGCCACUUAACAAUACCCCCCUACUACAAGAAUGCCCAAAUCCAAAUGACCCCAGUUUUCCUAAUGGGUAAAAUGAUCCCAGAUGUGCUCCAGACCAUGACGCCCGCGGCUCUGGUUUCGUGCAGGAAAUUGUGUUUGAGAGGUUUGGCAAGUUGGAAAGCCACUUACUGGCUUUUGACAUGACUUCUCUGGCAGAAUAAGUGGCCUCCAAAGCUAACUCUCUGCAAAUGUAAACAUAUGUCCAUCUUGUAACAAAUGCGAAAUGCCCAUGCAGCAGGAGCGUGUGACUUUCAUAUCCUGAAAGUCAGACCUAGAAUAGGCCGCAUGGCGUACGUCAGUGAAGGCCACGAGGCGUCGGCUUUAGACACGGAUCAUAGCUGUACAGGAGUUUAUGAAUUUGAAGCUUAUGGGAUUUAGGCAGAGAAAUUUUCAGCUGUGCUUGAUACCCACCAAAAGAAUGUAUCUCGAAAGAAGGAAAAAGAAGAAAAACGGAACCUUGAUGUUUGUGACAAGAAAAGGAGACAGUAUCUGCAGUAUGGAGCCUGUUCCUGUUCAGUGACUGGCCCUCUGUGUUCUUUAUAGACACCAGGCGGAUACACAACGGAGUUCCCAGGCCUUGUUUGCAGGAAGCCGACUGUAAAGACAAGCCCCCCAGCUCAAGGCUAUUAGGUUGAAUAUUUGCUUUCAUGAAUAAAUGUGGAUCUUUGGGGAAUGGCUUCAAAAUAAGCCAUGAACACAAAUUCUUUGUAAAUUACGUAAAUUCCUAUUUAUCUACAUAAUUGGCAACAACUGGGAAUUGUAUCGCCUGACAGUUCAAAAUCUCUUUCAGCUGCACUCUUCCCGCCAAGCUGAGCUUACCGUGAGUGUGGAAAUGUGACUCUGCCACGUGACCCUGCCUGCGCAGGGGAGAGGCCGCCCAUCUCCCCACCCAGCUGCAGAGAUAAGAACCAGCAUUUGAGUGGGUGUCCAGGGCCCCUAUGGAGACAUUUAAGAUGGUGUAUGACAGAGCAUUGGCCUUGACCAAAUGUCAAGUUCUCUAUGUGUAUUUCAUAAGUUAUUACAGGUAUAAAAAUGAUGACCUAUCAUGAGGAAAUGAAAGUCGCUGAUUUGCUGGUAGGAUUUUGUACAGUUUAGAGAAGCAAUUAUUUAUUGUGAAACUCUUCUCCAACUCCUUCCUGUGGAUCUGUUCAAAGUAGUCACUGUAUAUACGUAUAGACAGGUAGAUAGGUAGGUAGGUUUUAAAUUGCGUUCUGAAUCCAAACUCAUAUUCCUUAGAGCUUAAAUUACAUUUUUAAAAUGCAUAUGCGCUGUUUGGCACUGUGGCAAGAUGGCAUCUCAGAGAAACCCAUUCAUUGCUUGAACACUCAGAAAAUACUGUCAAAAGCAUAAUAAAAAAAAUCUAAAAGUUUGCUCUGA